UCUGGACCAAGAGGAACCAGAGUCACUACAGAUUAAAGAGGAGCAGGAGGAAAUCUGCACCAGUCAUGAGGAAGAACAGCUUGAAGUGAAGCAGGAGGCUGACACAUUAAUGUUGACUCCUGAAAAUGAGGAAAGUGACCACAUGGAACCAGGAAGAAAUGAGGAAGAUGUGGAUCUUCAGCACAGACUCCAUAUGAAGUGGGGCCCUGUAAUAAAGUUACAGAGGACAGAGCUUCCACAACUGCAUGUCUGUCAAGAGGAGGAGGUUCUCACUGAGCAGCAGCAUCAGCAGCAGCGUAACCAGGAGAGGAACUCCAGUCUGGACCAAGAGGAACCAGAGUUGCUACAGAGUAAAGAGGAGCAGGAGACGAUCUGCACCAGUCGUGAGGGAGAACAGCUUGAAGUGAAGCAGGAGGCUGAUACAUUAUUGUUGACUCCUGAUAAUGAGGAAAGUGACCACAUGGAACCAGAACCAGACAGUGACCACCAGCUCCUCUCUCACAGCUCUCCUGUAGCUCAGAGUCAAGAUCAGACAGGAAGUCACCAUGUUGACUCUUUGUCUAAUGGAAGUGAGAGACGUAACAGGAACAAAGUAGAGAAAUGUGACACAUCAAAGAUUGAGUCUGAAACACACAGAGGUAAAAAGUCUUUUAAAUGUGACACUUGUGGCAAAAGUUUUGUUUCUAAGUCUAGACUGAUUAUACAUAUGAAAGUCCACAAAGGAGAGAAACCUUUUUCAUGCACAACUUGUGGAAAAUGUUUUAUUUCAAGUAAGGACUUGAUAGUCCAUGAAAGAAUUCACUCUGGUGAAAGGCCAUAUUCCUGUAAAACAUGUGGAAGGAGUUUUGGUCGAAGUUCUCAUUUGAUAAGACAUGAAAGAAUUCACACAGAUGAGAGGCCACAUUCCUGUAAAAUAUGUGGAAAGUGUUUUAUUCAAAGCUCAAAUUUGAUAGUCCAUGAAAGAAUUCACUCUGGUGAAAAGCCAUAUUCCUGUAAAAUAUGUGGAAAGUGUUUUAUUCAGAGGGGGAAUUUGGUAGAACAUGAAAGAACUCACACUGGUGAGAAGCCACAUUCCUGUAAAACAUGUGGAAGGACUUUUUGUCAAAGUUCAGAUUUGAUGAGACAUGAAAGAAUUCACACAGAUGAGAGGCCACAUUUUUGUAAAAUAUGUGGAAAGGGUUUUAUGCAAAGGUCCCAUUUGAUAGUCCAUGAAAGAAUUCACUCUGGCGAGAAGCCACAUUCCUGUAAAACAUGUGGAAAGUGUUUUAGUCAGAGGGGGAGUUUGGUAGAACAUCAAAGAACUCACACUGGCGAGAAGCCACAUUCUUGUAAAAUUUGUGGUAAGGGUUUUAUUCAAAGCUCGCAUUUGAUAGUCCAUCAAAGAAUUCACUCUGGUGAAAAGCCAUAUUCCUGUAAAAUAUGUGGAAAGGGUUUUAUUCAGAAGGGGAAUUUGGUAGAACAUGAAAGAACUCACACUGGUGAGAAGCCACAUUUCUGUAAAACAUGUGGAAGGACUUUUCGUCAAAGUUCGGAUUUGAAAAGACAUGAAAAAAUUCACACAGAUAAGAGGCCGCAUUCCUGUAAAAUAUGUGGUAAGGGUUCUGUUAAGAGGUGGGGUUUGGUAGUACAUGAAAGAGCGCACACCGGUGAGAAGCCAUUUUCCUGUAAAACAUGUGGAAAGUGUUAUAAUCGAAAGGCGAGUUUGACAGUCCAUGAAAGAACACACACAGGCAAGAAGCCAUAAACCUGUACAACACAUGGAAAGUGUUUCAGUCAAGGUUUGUCUUUGGUACAACAUAAUAAAAUAUCAUGGAGGUGAGAAGUCA